AUGGACUCACUGCGCACGUUGCGCCACGCCGUUUUGAGUUUGGGUCGCACGGAACAAGGCGAAGAUGGACACUCAAGCCCAUUGGGCGUGCAGCCGACCAUCGGAUCGCUGAUCUGGGGUUAUGGCGAUGAUCCAGUAUUUUUCGGUGCUGAUACAGCCUUUGGAUCCUUCCAACCUUGGAAGGUUGACUUGAAUGCAGACGAAGAGGAAAGUGGUCACACAGCAAUAAAAGUUUCUUUGUAA